GCUCAUAUGAGGUUAUCAUAGAGCCGAUAAAAUUAAAACAGGUAUGAUAAAAAAAAGACAGUAAGAAAACCGAACAACUGAAGAAAUCGGUCGUUGUUUGGAGCUCAUUUUAUUUGUAGAUUGCUAGGGUGCACGUUGAUGUGAAUGAGACUUUCACAGCUUAUCUUCUAUGGACCAACUUUUACGGUAACGACGGUUCAACAUCUUACACCAUGUUUGUGUACCAUGGUAACCGGUGAAAUGGAAGCAUUUCGACGAUUCUGUGGUUCAACCCAGUGAUGGAUCUGUAAAACAUUGCCUGACUUUAUCUACAAUGGAUGCCAGCAAUUCGGGAGAAGUGAAAUGGACUUUGUCUUCCUCAGCUGUUCCUAAAGAUGCCCGACCGAAGUAUUCUCGUAUUUCCGAGCACUUUCGGCACGUAACACCCGGUGCUUUCCAAUGCUCGAUGUUUUGUGGAGGAAAGCAGUGCAAAUACGAAAACCCUGCUAAGAUGAAAAGAGAAGAAAUGGCAAUAAAUGGACUUUAUUCUUCAUGGUAUGUAUGAUCCUAAUUAUACGGUUCGCCGCACAAUCGCAAGAAACUCUUUUUGAGUGUACUGUCGUAGAUGUAUAAUGAAGAAGACACAGUCAGGAAUUUGUGUAUUUCUCGUUGUAUAAGCGACAGGUUUGAAAAAGAGAAUUAAUUGGCGUAGUCGAAUAAACUUUUUGUGAGUCAGUUGCCAACGGGUGUUUUUGCUCCCACUCCACCCCCCACGGACAAACAGAAUCCCUUAUAUAACAGUAAGCUUUUCAUAGUCCCCUAUAUUUCCGAAGACCAUCGAGAUCGAGCGUUUUCUGUUACAGGCCGCCAUCUUCGUUUCAUAUGUACCGAGUCUACUGUCUACUGUGCCACCCUAGGGGAGAAAGGAUGGUGCAGUGAUGAGAGCACUCGCCUCCCACCAAUGUGGCGCAGGUUCGAAUCCUGUUGUCGACUCCAUAUGUGGUUUGAGUUUGUUGUUGGUUCUCUCCCUUGCUCCAAGAGGUUUUUCUCUGUGUACUCCGGAAACCAAUAUGGCGGUCCGUGACAAAAAGCACUUGAUCUUGACGGUCUUACAGAAAAAUAGGGGACUGCGAACAGUCAAAUAGAACAGUUAAACAAGGAACCCUGGUGAAACUAACUGUGCAAGGUGCAAAAGGGAUGCUCCAUUUAGCAUGCUUCCCCCCUCCUGCUCAGGCUUUCCCCUUUGCACAUCUCUAAACUGAAGGGGGGGAGGGGGGGAUGGAUAUGGGGGGCACUCCCUUGUUUGGCCUAAACAAGUAUGUGCCACUGAACAGGUUAAUGGUUUUCUGUAGUUAUUAAAGCAAGGAAUGACCUACAAUGAGCUACUAUGAGCUACAAUGAGUUAAAACAAGGACACUGUUACAGCAGCAUUUAAGUUUAGUAUGCGUGUCAGAAACGACGGGAAAUACAUCUGUGGUUGCAGGCUAAGCGCAUGUAUAAAUACUACAAAAUUUAAGGGCCUUGAUUCUAGAGAAAUUACGUCACUGCCAGAGAUAAAAAAAAUGAUUUAUGGCCGAAUAUAUACCGCUUGCUCAUUACCCUAACCCUAACCUUAAGACCCAUUUGCAUACAAUGAAAGUUUACAACACCCGACCAGUUUGUCUUUUGCUAAAUAAUUAAGAUUCUACUUUUUUUUUUUUUGACCACUGAAGUGUUAACUUGUUCCAAAGUAAUCAAAAGGUUGGCAUGAUUUUAGUUUACAAAUUAAAUUACUUUAUGCUGUUUGUAAAAUGAAGUGAAUCAAGGUGGUAAAAUAUUGGGUAUCAAAGUGAAUGAAUUUGAAGACCUCAGAGCACACCUCUAUCCAAACUUCCUUUGAGUGCCCCCUUCCCACCCCCCUCCCACCGAAUGGAUGCCUCCAUAGUCCAAAAGCUUCAUUUCUAUAAAUCAAUAAUAAGUUGACAAAGCAUAUUCUUUCCUUGGUAUAUAUUACCAGUAUUUUUUUUUGUUUUUGUUUUACCAAGGGUCACUCAAGACAUUUUGGCCACAGCUCGUCCAUCUACCGAGGUUAUUGAGAAAUAUCAAGUGAUUGAUCAGUUUAAAAGGUGUGUUAGCUUAUAACAAUAUCAAAUGAUCAUAAUUCUAUAAAUACAUAAAUAUUACUAUUAAGAGAGAGACUUGUCUGAAAAUGACCUCAAUGUAAACAUUUCUCAGACAGAGCUGUUUUGGAAAUUGGGGUUUUCAUAAUGUCACAAAUAAAUGGCUGACUAUCAUGGAGGCCGGGAAGCAUUGGCAAAUAGAAAUGCCAAGCUUUGCUCCUGCUUUUUACCCAGCCAUCAGGGAUGACCAGGGAUAUUUACAAUAUUUUUAGUUUUUAUUAGGUAUCAAAUCUGAAACUUUUGGAAAAAAUUGAAAUUCCCAAUUGACCCAGGCUUGAGAGUCAAAUUUAUGUGAAAAAUGCCUCCAGGGUGCUCUUAAAGUUUGAAAUUUAAAUGAAGAUCCGACUGUGUUAACGCUUUAAACCCUAAGAUCAAAAUUUGAAUUCUCAUUUGUUGCCCAUAUUCAUUUCCUACAGAAGUAGUAGGGAGAAGUUGAUAAAGUAUCAAGCAAAAUUCAUCUUGUGUGAUCAUGUUCACAAUUCCCUUGACCACUCUGUUUUACAAAGCAUUGAUACUACAAGGAGAAAUUUGAUGCUGAUCACUCUUAGGGCUUUAAGGUUAAUGUAGUUACUUGAGGUUGCCAAGCACUGAGAGUCAUAAUCUGCAGCCAUAUUUAGGACACAAAAGGGAGGAUUGGCUCCGAGGCGAUCCUAGCAGCAACCAUGGAAACUGGGAAUAAGAAUCGUGAUGACUUUCAUUGUUUGCAAAUGAGAUUCAUGAUGAGCGUGUGGUCUAUUUUUGGCGAUGGUUGAGUUAAUGUGCGUAGUUGAUCACGUUCUGGCUUUUUGGCAAUGAUGCAAUUUUCCCCGAAUCAAGGCCGUUGAUUUUCAUGUUUUCAUACACGCGUAUUAAAAACCAAAUACCCUGAAGAAUACUCAAUAAAGUGGGACGUUAAAAUAUUAUAGUGGAGGAAAUCUUGUUUCAUGGUAUAUUGAGGCAUUACGUUUCUCAGAAUAUUGAUGCAAUUACUGAAACUCUACGGCUGAAUAGAUUCGAUAUUGCAGAUUCACUUUGUUGUAUGUUGAAAUUAAUUAUUUUAUUUUGUAAUCAUCUAUUGUAACUAUAUUUUUCUUUCUAUGUUAUUCUCUGUAAAUAGUGUGAAAUAAAUGAACCAUGAACCAUGAAUUGAUAGAUUUUUGCAGUUGUUAAGAUGUGAAGUGGUGUUGCACUUUAUACAUAGUUGAGAUAUCAAUGAUUUAACCUUCAACUACUAGAAGCAACUUCAACUACUCAUCUGAGUGACAUAAUACGUAUGUGUCGUGGAUGUGUUUCAAGGCGGUGCUCUAAGGAAAAUUGAAGGGAGCCCAGUGCUCUGAAACUGUAAAAUCUAGGGCGCCCAGCAUAUGAUUUGUAUGAAAAAUCUAAGAUUUUCUAGUCGCCCGAGGGCAAAAGUUGGGCCCCAGGGGCCACCGGGCUCUGCUAGAGCACAGCCCUGUGUUUGUAACGGUAGCUUUGUACUUGACUGUCAUGCAUACUCUACCUAGUACUUCAUCAGCCAAAGGAAACUACUGGUCUACAAAACAGUCUAUUUAUUUCCGAGGUUCUCUAGUUUGGGAAAUGCGUAUUUAUUUAUCAUACUCAAAUCUUCAUUGAUGUUUCCUUGACGUCGUAGAUUUGCAAGGUCUCGAUCUUUGCCUCAUGGUAUUGCCUUUGAUUGUGGAAGAUUGCUUGAAAUUACAGCAUUAUUGCCAAGAUUGAACUAUAAUCUUUUCCCAUUUAAGUUUAGUCUGAUUAUUCUAUGUACCAUAAGGCAGUCAGUAGUUAUGUGUAACCUAUGCCUGCACACUGGCUCCUUAAAAAUUUAUUUGCCCAUUUCUUAGCUAAUCUCCAAGCAACCUUGAGUUAACACUUUACAGCGGUUACCACUAACACGCACCUUUGAAGGGUUUUUUCUGUCUGUUUGAACCUGAGUUUUUGUGGAUGUCAAUCAACUGUUUCAAUGGUUUUCCACGCGCUCAGACAGAGAAGGUUCCCUCAUCGCUGAAUGAAGGGCGAAUAAUUUCGAACGACGCGAUGAGGGCUUUUUAAAUUAUUUUAUUAAGAUGAAGGAUUACAUUAUGAAAACAACGAGGUCUCUGCGAGCAGAGUGAAAUAGCAAAAACAUUCUCUAUAGUUUACGUAACGGUUUUCAGGUUGUUUAUCUAUUUGAUUGUAUGAAAACAUGGGAGCCGUGGACGAAUUGCCAAGAAGCUAGUAUAAAUUCAAAAAAACAAGAUAUCACACCGAAACGGGAAAGAGUUUUCUCUGAAUGAAGGCUGUUUUCGAAAAUGAAUUUUACUACUUAUCAUUCUUCAUGUUAUCGAAUAGAAACCAGAACUAGCAAGAACUCAGACGAGUUGCGAGCGAUUGAGAAAGCUUAUGUGGUUGUAACUUACAGUGUGUAAAUAUGUCGAUAAUUUGAGUUUCCUCGGAAAAACACUCAACAAAUUCUUUCUCCUCGUAAUCUAAUGAAGCAAUGUCAGAUCCUGCAGCAAAAUACUGCAAAUACAGCUGAAAACGCCAACAUAUUCUUCUGAGUGCUCAAGAAACGGAGAAAGAAUCUUCUUUAGGCCAACGCGUGAAAAACCAUGGUAACGGUUGAUUGACGUCCACCAAAACACAGGUCUGAACCGAAGAAAAAAUCUUUUGAGGGCGCGUGUUAGUGGUAACCCCUGUAACAGUGUCUUGUUAAUCCUUGUCUUGGAUAUUCUUUUCUUUUUCCAAAGGAAUGGAAUCAAAUCACUGAUAAAUCUUCAACAUCCUGGAGAACAUAGCAGUUGUGGAUUUGGUCUUGAGCCUGUUAGUGGUUUCUCUUACAUCCCAGAACACUUUAUGCAAGAAGAUAGUAUGUGCAACUCAAGUAUAACUAUUUCAGACAUAAUAAUUAUCAAAUUGAUUACCUUUAUAAUCCUGUGGUAUAUAGAGGAUUGGGUAUAUAAUAACAACAGAACACUAUUACCAAACCUUAGACUGCAAGCUGUUUGAUAACAUUAAUGCUUGAUUAUUUACUUCUGUGUUGGGGUUUUUCAAAAUUUAAUAAAGUGCAUUAAAACAUAGUGAAAGAAGUUUAUUAUAUUUCAUUAUAAUCAAUAAAUAUUACUUAAUAAGUGGUUAUAAUCUGACAUAUUAUUUUGUUAAUAACAUUAAAUAUGUUAUGUUGUUGAUCAUUAAUGUUUCUCUCUCUCUUCCCUUUUCACAUGUGUUUGAUAACUAUAAAGUUUUCUUCUACAACUUUGGUUGGUGAGUACUCCUUUUCAUUGAACUGGUGAAUAUUUAUAUGCAGUUAUUAUUUAUUCAAAAUAUUUCUCUGUUUCUGAUAAGUGGCUCAAAUCCCCCAGCUAAUAGGAACUACUUAAUUACGAAUGACUAAUUAUUCUUCAUAAUCACCUAUUGUUAACCACUUGUAAAAUUCUGGAAAAUUGAUAGCAAGGUGACCAGACAUACAGUUUAGUUUAUGCUGUUUAAUAUUUGAACCAGGGGUUUAGUUUCGUCAUAUGUGGCGCAGGCUAAUUGCAAAGCUGAAGGGCUCCAAAUUUUAUUUUGCUCAGGAAGUCCAAUAUAACUAUGUCCCUUUUGAUGCUGUACUGCAAAAUAUGUGCUGUUUUUCUUUUCUUUCUGGCAGGAACGAUUAUGGUGUGCGAUCAUUAGAGUCUAUUCUGGAUAUGGUGAAGGUUAUGUCUUUUGCUCUACAGGAAGGAAAGGUGAUUCAUUCAAGAACUGAGUUUAUGCAGGAUCGACCCAAUAGACACCGGUUAUUUGUGACCUUAUAAGUUCUCUUAUGAUUUCUGAUGCCUGAUAUUCAUGGACUGACUGGGUUAGCAGGUGGGAAAUUUUGGUCAUCAGCAAGCUUUAAGAAUAUAGCGUGAAUGGAAUUUGCUAUAGCAAGGCCACAUGCAGCCUGGAGUAACACUUUCACUUCACUGAUGUUCAGGACACAUAGAAACUAAAGAAGAAAUCACAAACAGGGUUCUAUGUUAGGUGGAACCAUUUGAUUUGGACAUAAUCAUUGAAAUGUCAUGUCUCUUUAUAACAAAUAAUUUAAUUUCCUUAUCUUUUAGGUGGCAAUCCACUGUCAUGCAGGACUUGGUCAGUUUCUGUAAAUGUUGUUUUCUUUUUGGUUAUAGACGUGAAACAAAUUCUUCGAUAAAUUGCUUAUACACUGCCAAAACCAAACCUUAAUUUUAUGAGUUGUCUUUCUCCAUUCCAAUAAUGCAUAAGGGAACCAGAAAGAGCAUGAAAACCAAGGAAGCUUUUUCAACUGAUUGUUCUUUGUAAUGAAAAACUUUUAUUGUUUUCUGAUUGUGUUUACUGCAUGACCACUUAGGAUGCACAAGGCAACCAAAGAAGCAAACUCUUCUUAGUCUUGUGACAACUAACCAGAAAACAGGAACAUAAAUAAGGGGAAAACAACAGCAAACGAGUUUAAGUGAGUCACUGAUUUCAAACACAGUGAGGGUAUAAAUUAAAGGAUGAUUGGUGCCAGGGAAAUUAGUUUAUAUUUAUUUAUGCUUAGUAAAACAAGUUUGGGUAAAUUAGAACAAGCUACAAUCCACUUUUGCAAAUCACCUUCCAUUUACAACACAGAGAUAAUUUCAGCAAAAAUGAGAGCGAGAGAGAACAUACUUUAAACCUUAGAAUGUGUCUUUGUUUUUUACAGGCAGAACUGGUGUCCUUAUUGCUUGCUAUCUGGUAUUUACAGAGAGAUUACAGGCUGACGAGGUAAAAACGUGACUGCAUGUAACUCAGGGAUUGUGUGACAGUCUGGCCUUCUUUUUAUUGCUUUUUUGUUUCAUUUAAUUUUAGUAACGUUGUUUGGAAUUGCUGUUUCUAGAGCUUCCAUGUUUGUUAGUGCUUACGUUUUCCUUAUUUUCUCAGGCAAUACAUCAGGUUCGAUCAAACAGGUAUAGUGAAUUCCAUGUAGGUGAUAUAUUUGCUAAUACUUUGUUUCACCCAUAGCAGUAUAUUCUUCUAUAAGGCAACAUAUGGAUAAAAAAUCUUGUGACUUAGUACUUGACACCAGGGAUGAGAACUCCUUUCUUGGUGAGCCAACAAGACUUGCUGCAUGACUUGGAUUUUGGUAUCUGGUUGUAACCAGGUUAUGAGAGAUAAUUUUCUUAGAACUGGUUUUGUUUUAUAUUAAGUGAGUGUCUUAAAGUGAACCCUGCAGGAUUUCUGACAAUUUCAUUUUUCAUUCGAAAAUGGUGUUAGAAACAGUGUUUCCAUCAACAAAAAACAAACUCUUGGAGUCACACAGAAACGAACACAGUGUGCACACAACAAGCCAGCAUAACCAUACACUGAAUGAAAGAUGUAUAACCUAUAUAUAUAUUUUUUUUCUUGUUUUUUUUUUUUUUAAGUCCAGUUCUUGAUGCACCAUGAAAACUGAGAGAGUAUAUUUUGUAAUCUUUACUUUGCAGGCCCAAAGCAGUACAGACUCGGGGACAAAUUCAAUGUGCUGUUGAUUUCACAAACUUUUUGCACCAUCUUUGGGUGGUAUAUCCUUCAUGGUGAGCUUAAUUCUUUAAAAAAAUAUUUUAGCUGUAACUGAUAUGUCAAUUGUAAAUUCUUAAGGCAGCUUGAAAUGAUAACAUGACUCUUAGUGAUUUUUCACAACUACAGUUAAUGGUCGCUGAUAUGUUUUUACUAUUAUUGAAUAAAUCGUACUUCUAAAGGAGGCAAAUCAGUGGCCCUGCAGGCAACCCACUCAGGUCCCUUCGUUAGUCAGGAAAAAUGGAGAGGUCUUUAAAACACAGGAAACUGAUAUUCAUACCGUUUAUGUAGACAGAGCAACUUAGCACGAGCUAAAUUAGUACCUACUAUGCAAUGAAUGUAGUACUGACGUGUUCUGUUUGUCUUUCUAGCGCACCUAGUGCAAAGAAGUUUACCAUGCAACAAUAUCUUAAGCGGCAGAGACAUCUUUUACAUGGCAUGGAGUCACGAGUUCUUAAAUACAUCCCUAAGGUAGAUGUUAAACUUAUAGAAAACAAAACUUUUUUUAAUAUGUGUACCAUUGUAUGAAGAAAUGGUGUCAUAGGACUGCAAGGUGAUAAGAAAAUAAUGAUUAUAAUUGUGAUUUACCAUUAUCUUUAUCAAGUUGAAAUCGAUUUUGGCUUUGACUGGAUAUGGUUUAUUAUAUUUCCGGUUUGCAGCUUUUUUUGUAUCUUAUUCUGUUGAAUUAUUUUCCCUUGCGUUAAAGCUGGUGUACUUAUGUUGUUGUCGACUAUUGGAGGUGGCUGGGGUAAAGAAAGAGGAUGUCCCUUUUACUUGGACACUCUCCAGAGAAGUCAAAGCUGUUUUUGACGAAACGGAUGAAAAUGACACCAUAAGUGAGUCUGCUGAGGAUUUUGUUCAGCCUUCUAUCUCAAGGGAUAUAGUAGAUGCCGUUAAACAUAACCCUUAUGUGGAUUCUGAUAAGCCAUCAUUCGAGACUUCAGUGAUGCAACGUUCUCAAAGUUGGGACGCAGUUCAAGAAGUUACCUUAAAAGAGGACAUUGGUUAUUAUAGCCGAGGAAAGCAUCUCAAUGUGGAGCAGUUGACAAAUGUAAGGCGUGGGUUAGAGCCUGCCGACAGUGAUCAGAGGGCAAUGUCGGAUGGUCUUCCAUCUAAUCCUUCUCCACGCAGUGUGAAACUUGAACCACUUAACCUGUCAACAAGAAAGAAAAAUAAAAAAGAAGGAAAAAGGGGGCAAAGAAACAGCAAUGAAACAGUGAAUGAAAUGGUGAAUAUGGACAGUUUUUUAAGUUCGUUGAAACAAAAUACGGUACAACCAGGAACAAAUGACAGAAUCCAAGCAGCAAAGUGCCUGUCAUCAAGCGCCUGUGCUGAUAGCAGUGUACAUAAUAGAGUGGAGAGAAUAAAGGUGAGUGCCGGACUAGUAGCUAGUAUUCAGUCGCCGAAUGACGGUACAUAAUAGAUUGCAUGGAGAGAAUAGGUUGAGCGGCAAGCUUUAUUACUAAGUGACUGUACAAGUAACGCUUGGAAUAUUCAUCGUUAGUAUCAUUUGUAUGGUUGUUAGAUAACGUUUAGAUAUAAUCAAUCCAGGGCUCCUCAGAAGACUAGAGGUUCAGUAAUGAAGUAACUCCUCGGAUUAUACCGUACCAAUAGGGAUUCAUUUCUAAGUUCCCUAGCUUAUUGGCGGUCAGUUUUAACCCUUUUCUCCUGAUUUCGCUGAUUUUCCGAUAUUAAAAAAUUGAGGCUCAGAAAGAGUUAGACACACUUAAAACAGAGUUACCCUGAUCUCUUUCCUCAACUUCAAAAUAUUCCGCACUUUACAGUGAAACGUCUCAGCUGCGCCUCGUGGUUCCACUAGAGUUUUGAACAUUUCUUAAGUCUAUGAGAGCCAGGAAGAGAAAUGUUGUUGAUUUGUUAAAUUCAAGCACAUUUGAUAUAAUCAAGGGAAAAACUGCCGGGCCAUCAUAUGUGUCCCGGCAUACAUUUGUGAAGCCUGAGUUUCCGUGGUCCGGGUUUUUCUGCGGUUACUCUGUUUUUGCUUUCUUAUCAAAAAUUCGAACUGGAAAGUGUUUCUAUUUAUUUGAAGAUACUGAAAGGGGCACAGGUUUAUAAGUUCGUAGAACUGUUUAGUGUUACUCUCUCUAAAAUAAUGUUAGUUUAGUCUUUGGUUUCCUGGUUUCUAGGUAUCGAUAACGAAAGAUUUCCGUUUCCAUUUGCGGUUUCACUAUUAAAAUUAAAGACCCAACUCAUGAAUUCUAACCGUACAAGAUUCCUGUUUUUCUGCUUAGCGUAAACUGAACAGCUCUGAUAGCUGGGAGGAAGUAUGCACGGAAACUGACCCCUGGGUGCUAACUCGCUUAUUGUGGACUUGGUUGGAUAAUUUAGCGGUAAGUACAAAUAACGGACGGAACCGAAUACUGCUGGUAUGGCUUAAUGUUUCCAAGAUAGCAUAAGAAUUAAGAGCUUUCUUUGUUUUUGAUAAAUACUAUAAAUCUUCUAAUACUAUAAGGAGAUAACGCAGUUUUCAAAACAGCUCAUCCUCAUGUUGAGGGUCUUUUUUUUUUUCAAAGGAGCCGGUACUUACAAACAGCGAGGUGUCAACGUUAGAAGAAAACAUGAAUGAUCCUAUAGGAGCUGUCAAGAAACUUGGCCGUGUAAGUUUAGACUGCCGCCGCCGACAAAUGCUUUCUUUUUCUCUCUUUCGUUCUGUCCUCUUUCCCUUAUUUCAUGCCUUGCCGGCCACUCCUAGCCCUUCCUUGUGUACAUGUGACUAAUAUAGUUUUUCAUUACAGUAUCUUCUUUGCUGACGUCUUUAGUUGUAUUUGUUAUAGGGUGCAAGAGACACUUUAGAAUGCCUGAUAACUACUAUCUGCGAGGUAAUUCUGUACCGAGAGAUCUGUAAAUUUUAUAGUUUAAAAAAUACAUUCUAUCAGAUAUCUGUGUCAGGAAUAUUUUACCUCACUUCAAAGAGUGUGGUGUAAAUCAGACACACUUAAAAACUUUACCACUCCGGCGUAGAACUGAAGUGAAAUUUGAAAAAAAGCAUGCAAAGAAAUAUAACGUUUCCUUCUAAUACUUCUUGAACCGAUCGUUGUGUAUCCCUGUGCCGGCGGCCUGAUGGGAAGCUUUUAAAAUUGUCGUUGUUUACUGUGCAUGACUGUGCAAGUAAAAUUUUAAUUUGGUUUUUAAUUGCAGCUGGAACCUUUACCAGAGGAGCUGAGUGAAAAAGUGUUACGUCACACAGCCAUGAUUCUCACUCAUAACAAGGAACUGUCUUUAACUCAAACCAGACGCAGGUCUGAGCAAAGUCCUGAUACAAAUACACAAGAAAACCGUGUAGGGGAAGUGGGUGAUCUUUCAGAGUCAUCGCUUUGUUCGUCAUCAUACAGAUUGCUUCACUUCUUAAGACAGCUGAUGAAUGCACUGAAACGUUUAGGAGGUUUAACUUAGUGCAGCUACCUUACCGGAUCGCGUUACGCGUAUAUAAGUCUUGAAUCCUUUACCGUGCUGAUGUCGUUGCUCUAACGGACUUUACAGCUCCCACUAGAAACUUGAUUACCCGGCGUAUCAAAAGUGAAAGAAAGUAGUGUUCCUAGUAUGAAUGAAUGAAUAAAUGUCGUGGAUUAGAGGGCAACAAGACGCACCCUCUUUACAUAUUUUAUGUCAACAGUAAGCUCUGACUUCAGCAUACAAGGCGCCACUGGUACUGGCCCUAGCACUCGCUCCUCGCCGCUUGGCGAAAUGUCCCAAGCGGCAAGGAGCGAGGAGAAACGGCUGCUUCCUUUGCAGGUUAGAUUGUCUUGUGCCGACAAAACAUUUCGGCUGUUGAGGUCAUCCAAACGCUGGGAAUUAUUUAUCCAACACAUUUGUUUGUCUUUGAUUGGCUCAAAUACCUCGGCUAAUUCUUCAUAACCAGCUAUCAUUGCCCAAAUUAGGAAGACAUUUGCCGCCUUAUCAUCGAUGGUAUUAUCACGUGAAUAGUACAGUCAGGCUGUCGCCAGAAAAAGGGAAGGCAACUAUAAAGAAGCCCUGGUGACGAGGUUGCGUAUAGUGAUUCAGUUGUUUUGAUAGAGUUGGAGCAAAUAGCAGACAAUUCUUUUCUGCAAAGAAGAAACAGCCGAACUUCUGCCUAAAAAUAUAACCGAAAAAGCCAAAAUGGCAACUGCUAUUUGAAGGCAGAGGGUAUUAUCCGCCUAGGCAGAUAACACCCUACUCGAUUUGUGUAAUUCUUCAUAUCAAACUCAGCCUCAUCCAUAAUUGCUAAUUAUUUUCAUAUGAUCGCUGUGCGAUAGGCCAUUGUACAUUGAAAGCAUUAACCAUUAUAAUAUUCGAGCAUAUUGGUAGCAUUUUUCCGGAAAAUUAGGUUUUUUUUUCUCACAGAAAAUAAAAAUUGUCACAUUUUUGAAGAGAUAUGACGACUUUAAAAAUAAUUCAAAGAACUAUAUUUAAAUUUCACUUUAAAACAGCUGUGUAGAUAAUCUUUUUUGCUGUAUUGAAAUUAUUUAUUUGCUUGCGUUGCAGUUGUCAUACCACUUACACAUUUUCGUUAGUCUCACUGAUGUGGAGCAUUUUAGUGGGGAAACAAAAGCAAAAUAUACAAAGGCCUACUGUGUGACCAUGCAUUAUAUAGAAACCAUGCAACAUUUUUCGUGUUUCUUUCUCGAUAUUCAAUUGAGGGAAUUAACUUAUUCAGUAUCUAUUGAAUCCUUGACUGGAUUAAGUACCUUAUAAAAUUGUAUUUUUUAGUUUUGCUUAACUAAUCAAUUUUUAUUUAGUUACAUAGCAUGCCGCACGGUAAUUCAGUGAAAUGUAAAAUUAAAUUGUGCUACGUUUUAUCGUAUUUAGUGCUGGUCUGUGUUGAACACUCUUCCUGAAUCGGACGCUGUACCAUUUUGUAAUCAGACUGGAC